ACAAACGAAGCAACCCAUGAGCAUUCCAAAUGACGCCAUAUUACACAUAAAGUGCACUAGAUAGGGUAUACGAGCUAUUAGUCCAUACGCUCGGUAUUGGGCCUGAAUAGGGGAUGAGGACAUUUGAGAUAAAGCCGAGUUCUUGCGGAAAGAGAGGCUGUAACUGAUUCACUACAGCAUGGGACUCGGUGCUACCGGCAAGAUGUCCUGACUGAGAGCAGUGUUCAGUUCUUUUCAGCCGGCGUUAUGGAGCGUGAGGAGGAAUACAGACCCCCUGACCAUGUGGGCCUGAGAGGUCCUGGAGGCUGGAGAGCGUUGGUUUGUGGACAGAGGAACCUCACGCUGAAGGACAUUUUUACUUGCCACCUCCUGAAGACGGUCGUGUUGGGUCAGAUCCUGUCCAUGCUGAUCUGUGGGACGGCCGUGACCAGUCAGUAUCUUGCAGAAGCUCGUGUGGAGACUCCGAUGCUGCAGAGUUUCCUAAACUACACUCUGCUGCUCCUGACCUACACCACCACUCUGUCACUCAGGAAAGGCCAGGAGAGCAUUUUUCAGAUUUUGAAAUCGAAGUGGUGGAAGUAUUUGCUGAUGGCCCUCACAGAUGUUGAGGCAAACUACACAGUUGUGAAGGCUUACCAGUUUACUACACUUACAAGCAUUCAGCUGCUGGACUGCUUUGUGAUCCCGGUGCUGAUGGUGCUCUCCUGGUUCUUCCUGAAGACCCGUUACAGGCCGCUGCACUUCAUCGCCGUUGCCGUGUGUCUGCUUGGAGUCGGAGCGAUGGUAGGAGCCGACCUGCUUGCUGGAAGAGACCAGGGCUCAAGCUCGGAUGUGUUACUAGGUGACGGCUUGGUGCUGAUCAGUGCUGCUCUGUAUGCCGUGUCUAACGUGUGUCAGGAGUACACAGUGAAGAACCUGAGCAGGGUGGAGUUCUUGGGCAUGAUGGGACUUUUCGGGACACUGAUCAGUGGUGUACAAAUGGCUGUACUUGAGGUCGAAGCAGUCAGUAAGAUCAGCUGGGACUGGACAAUAUGCCUGCUCUUCCUCGCCUAUGUGCUGUGCAUGUACGGCUUGUACAGUUUCAUGCCUGUGGUGGUGAAGAUGACCAGUGCUACAGCGGUGAACCUCUCGCUGCUAACGGCUGAUCUCUUCAGUCUGUUCUGCGGCAUCUUACUCUUUCACUACAAGUUCUCGGUCCUGUACAUCGUGUCAUUUGUAAUGAUCACCAUCGGCUUCAUCCUGUUUAAUGUCAUUCCCACCUACACACCAGAUCCACAUGACGCCACCGAGAGUACUUAUCAGAGCGUGGCCACGGCAGAGGUGGUGCAGGAAGAUGGAGAGACUACGCUGGACUGGCAGCAAGAUGGACAGCAGGAGGAGAAGUGUGGACACACAGAACCCUGUACUACAGUCUGUACCCUGAAAUACAUGGUGUAACCUGACACUCUACAGUGUAGAGUAUACAGGGUUGGAUAUGCCUGAUUUUCAAAGGCAGUGCCUUUUUAGUUUGACCAGAAAUGAUUAUAUUUUUGCUGACUUGUUGGAUUGGAUUCAGCUUUUGCACUAUAAUGAAGGGUUUUUACUGUAUAUGGCUGAUCAGUACAUUAGAUGCUAUUUUAUUUAGUCCGAAGUUUAAAUGUUACACUCUGCGCUAGUUAGUUGUGAAUAUUUCUUUGUCGGAAACAUGGUUUUAUAUUACUGUAAUGGUCAGUGGUUACACAUAUUUAUAUUAAGCCCCAGCUGAUUGGCACAUGGACUGAAAAUCCUCUUACGUUGUGUGCCUGUAUUAAUAAGGCAUUAAUAAUGAUGCUAAAAUAUUUAAACUUAUCUGAGGUUUAAAAAAAGCUGCUUUUUUGAAUGUAAUUGUAAUAAUUUUAAAAUCCUGUUGUUUUAAAUCUAGAAAAUUAUAACCUCAUGAUGUUGCAUUCCAUUGGUGCGUAUAUUAUUGUCAAAGUGACUUAUUUUUUGGGUCAGUAUAUAAAGUUUUAAUGCUCAAAGCAGAUGUACCAACUGUAAGAGAACACUUUUUUAUUGAUAUGCUGAGUAUUUAAUAAAUAACAUUGUUUCUA